AUUCCGAUAUUAUUGCAUAUAUAUUUAUAUUGUGUAUAUAUACAUAUAUAUUGGGUAUUAACUUUUCAAGGUGUAACAGAUAGCGACUAUUUUUAGGAAUACUCAAAUGAGAAUCAAGUCAACAAUGGAUAGCUUUAUGAAGCCUAGCUCUUCCUUUGAUGCGAACAAGGUCAAGGCCAAUCUCCGCAUGGCCAUUACGCGUAUUAAUAUUCAAAAAAAUAAGCUUGUCAACAGCAUCAAAGUGCAACGGCGCGGGAUCGCAGAAUUGCUGGCUAUUGAUAAAUAUGAUAGUGCUCGCAUCAAUGUCGAGGCUUGCAUUCGCGAUGAUCUUAGUAUUGAAGGGAUGGAAGUGCUUUCCCUCUUUCUGAAUCUUCUUUCCCACCGCGUGCAGCUUAUUGCAGAAUGUAAGACUGGAAAGAGUGGGGAUAGCAAAAGCAGCCAUCCCCUAGCCUUCCCACUGGAGCUCAAAGAAGCCAUUUCUUCUGUUGUGUGGGCUUCUGCACGAUUAGCUGACAGGGUGCCGGAGUUAAACGCGGUACGCAAAGCAUUCGAGUCCAAGUUCGGCAAGGGGCUUAUUGAAAUCAGCGUUAACAAUACGGAGUUCUCGGUCAACCCAAAAUUGAUGGAGCGCCUUGGCACCGUGAUGCCUUCCAAUGAAAGCUGUAUCACCUAUUUAUCCAACAUCGCGAAGGAGUUCGCGUUGGAGAACUUUGACGAGGAGCGGUUGCGGGACCCUAAGGCGCUGGUCGCGGCGGCGGCCGUGGUCAGCUCCGUCGACCACGUUGCGGAUUUGCGUUGUGAGGAGAACAAAUCUCUCCUGGGGGGUUUCAUGACGGCAUCCGGGGGGUAUGUUCCCCCACUGAAAGAACCCUAUGACGCUCUAGAUCGACGUGUGCUGCGGCUUAAACGAAGCUAAAGGGCUUAUGCGCACUGUGCAAGCGAUCUGGAGGCAUUAGGAAAAGAAAAAAGUAUUGCUUAAUUUAGUAGGGAGUGACGAGUGCACAAGCGUAUGAUGCUUUAUUUGGGAUAAAUACUGCUUCCCCCCUUCCCUCCCCUUCCUCUCCUUUUGUGAUAAUAUGCCAGAGGCACAAAACAAGAUUGCAGAUUACAUUAAGAGAACCAAAAAACAGACUUGAAAGAUUACUGCGAUUGUCCUUUUUCAAUUCUUCGCCACGCGAAAGAACUUCAAACGUGGCAUUUAUUCUGACA